UCUUUUUAGCGCGCCCAGACAAGCCGGUAGGUGAGAUGGCGUGUUGCAGUCACAUUGCUGUCUUCACUGGACGAAUAGGAAGGAAUAUAUUGUAAAACGGAGUCUUGGAAAAAAAACAAAAAACAAGUUACUGACACUAAUCACAUUGACAGGCUGCACGUGCACGGUAAAACUAUUUAAAAAGAGGACUGUACAAUUUACCUGUCAUCACGAUGGCUUAAAGUUGGACAACGUAAGAAGCAAAACAACGAUAUCUUUGCAAAGUGAUUGUCCAGUUGUAUUUAUUUGUAACCUAGGGCUCAGUGGUGUGAAGCAAAGGAGAAUUCGCUUACCAGUUCACUCAUAACCCUGUAGACGCUGGGCAUAGCUGAGUACGAUGAAGUGCCACUAUGAAAUCUUGGGUGUCAAAAGGGACGUAACGGACGAAGAACUGAAAAAGGCCUAUAGGAAGUUAGCCUUGAAAUGGCACCCAGACAAAAAUCUUGAUAAUGCAGAAGAAGCAGCAGAGCAGUUUAAGCUUAUACAGGCAGCUUAUGAUGUUCUCAGCGACCCCCAGGAGAAAGCAUGGUAUGAUAAUCACCGGGAGGCUUUGUUGAAAGGAGGAGUAGGUGGAGAAUAUGAAGAUGACAGUGUGGACCUUUUGCAGUUUUUCACAGUGACUUGUUAUUCGGGCUAUGGUGAUGACAACAAGGGAUUUUACACUGUGUACCGGAAUGUAUUCGAAACAAUAGUGAAGGAGGAACUAGAAAUCAGUUCCUCUAAUAAGGAAGAUGAAGAAUUUCCAUCAUUUGGAGAUUCACAGAGUGAUUAUGAUACGGUUGUUCACCCAUUUUAUGGCUAUUGGCAGAGUUUCUGCACCAAAAAAAAUUUUGCUUGGAAAGAAGAAUAUGAUACUAGGCAAGCUUCUAAUCGCUGGGAGAAACGGGCAAUGGAGAAAGAGAACAAAAAAGUACGAGAUAAAGCACGAAAAGAGAGGAAUGAACUAGUCCGUCAGCUUGUGUCCUUUGUACGUAAACGGGACAAACGUGUUCAAGCUCACAAGAUACUUGUUGAGGAGCAGAAUGCUGAAAAAGCCAAGAAAGUGGAAGAGAUACGUAGGCAACAAAAACUCAGUCAAGCCAGGCUUGCUGAAAAUUACAAAGAGCAAAGUUGGAUUGCCAUGUCUGAUUUAGAAAAAGAACUUCAGCAAAUGGAAGCUCAGUAUGAGCAAGAAUUUGAAGAUGGGUCUGAUGAAGAAAUUGACGAAAUGGUGUUAGAAACAGAAACAGGAAUGGAUGAAGCACAGGAAACCACAGAAUAUUACGAUGAGCUUUACUGCCCAGCCUGUGAGAAAGCAUUUAAAACGGAUAAAGCAAUGAAGAAUCAUGAGAAAUCAAAGAAACACAGAGAAAUGGUGGUGUUAUUGAGGCAGCAGCUGGAAGAGGAGGAAGAGGAGCUUAGUCAGAAUACUAAUGAACUGGAGGAGGAAGAAGAGGAGGAGGUGAAGGUCGAAGAGGAAGAACAACCUAAGGAAACGUCAUCAAAAACCAAAUUGUCCAAAAAGCAGAAGAAAAAGAAGCGCCAGCAGAAAGCUAACACGAGUGUUGCAGAGGAUUUCCCUAAGGAGACAUCAGAAGAAGAGUUGAUUCAAUUUGCAAAUACUGAAGAUACCCCUCCAAAAGAUUCACAAGAAAUGGGAAAUGAUGAAGAUAAGUCAUCUGAAGAAACUGAAAAAGCUGCCACAGAUAUGUCUGAGACUUCUCCCUCUAGGGUUUCUGCUAAAAGGCAAGUUUUCACUUUAUAUAUUUUCAUAUUGAUAGGUCCAGCAUGCUUUUACAAUCACUUGAAGAGUGACAUGUGGACUCCUUUUAAAUGCUGGCUGUGCUUGCCUUUUUACAGUUCAUCUAAAGCCAAGGCAAAGAAAGGAAAAGAAUCUAAAAAAGUUGGCAAAAUACAAGCAACAGUUGAAAACCAGGAGAGAGAGCCUGUGCUGCGUUGUGUUACUUGUGAGUAUGAAUUUUCUUCAAGGAAUAAAUUAUUUGACCAUCUGAAGACCACAGGACAUGCCACUGCCCUUCAUGCACCCUUCGCUUCAAGUGGUCCAACAUCAGGAAAAAUCAAAAAGGAGAAAAGGAAAAACAGAUAAUUUGUGCAGUGCAUAACAUGAACUGCGUAGUUUUUUUAAAGUACUGUACAUAUGAAUCUUCCUGCAAGGACAUUGUAAGCAAGAGUUGCUUGGAAGACCUCAUGCUAAUUUAUACAGUAUCAAUAUUAUCAGGUAUUGGGAAUUGGUCUGAACAGCCCUUUAUGUGACAUAUAGUGUGAGUGUGUGUACAUAUACAUAUAUAAAAAUUGUUCUGGUCAA